GGCUACGUAGCUUUAGAUGUGUCCCCCGUUUUGACAUCGGCUGUUUAGACGUCGACAACACCUUCACUUCCGGCAAACACUCUUUGCAUUGUACUCAAAUGUUUGGGCCCUUAUCUUUUGUCUGUAUGAAGUUAACAAGUCGAUUGAGUCUAGCGGCAGAAUGGCACAUGACCAGAGAGAGCCAAUCACAAGUGUCGGCUUUAGAAGGAGGAUGUUGAUAUGAAUCCGAGCUUUUGCUGCAAUUUUUAAAUUGUAAUCAUGGAAAUUUCCUAAAGCAACUGUAAUGUAAUUACACAUUUUCUCCCAGUAAUGUAACAGAUUACAAUUACGUACAUUUUGUAAUAAAUUACGUAACGUCGUUACAUGCAACUCGUUACUCCAACACUGUUAGUUAGUUAGUUAAGCAGUUAGUUUUUCCCACUCUUUCUCAUGUCCCUGAAGGCAUCAAGACCACUUGAGGCAUAUGUCUAUGACUUGAGGCGCGCCCCCAAACGUCAAGUAACCCCGCCCCCUCGAGUUUUGACAGAGUGCGUCAGCCAAUCAGAUUCACCGGAACGUUACGCGUACGUGCUGGACACGCACACACGGUGAAUACGUGCCAGUUUGGGUGUUGGUGUCAAUAGUACGCGGUUUUGAUAGUUAUAUUUAUUUAUUUCUUUUUUAAAACUUGUCCUCGAGCCUGAAACACACCUCUGUCCCCGCAGUGUGCGACGUAACCUCGCUCGUUCCACAGUAAGUGUGUGGAAUGCGGUUGAACCCGUGUGAGUAUGCUGCUAGCUAACUUUAGCUUCUGAAUCCGGGCUGGUGAAGUAUCUCGAACGUGACCAAAUACGGCUAGUUGGACAACUAGUUAAAUCAUUAUCAAGCUGUUUCGUUACUUUCCUGGGUUACCGCCGGACCCGGAGAGCACCCGGGUCGCGGUAGAGCUCGGGAGGUCUCGGUGUGGUGGUGACCUUCUUCGGCAGCUGUGAGUGGGACUGACAUGACUGCAGCACCUGUAGUCGGACCCUGAGCUGAGUCUACGGUCGUGUGUGUGUGUCUGUCCUCCCUCUUCCCCGUGAGAAUGAGUCGCGGCUCGGCUGUGAACCUGCUGUGUCUCGGCAACCGAGCUGUCAGCGUCCUCUACGGAAGCCCCCCCCGCUCCCUCCUCCACUUAUCAGCGUACAACGCGGGGUCACUGAAGCCGAGAUCCGGGUUCAGACCGGAGAAAGUGGCCGUGGUGACGAAGACGACCCGGUACGAGUUCGAGCAGCAGCGGUAUCGGUUCGCUGGACUCUCCGAGGAUGAUCUGAAACAGCUGCUCGCCAUGAAGGGCUCCAGCUACAGCGGCCUGCUGGAGAGACACAACAUCCACACCAACAAUGUGGAACACAUAGUGAAGAGCCUGCGGAGCAAAGGCAUCAACGUGCGAGUGGUGAAGAGAGGAGAGUACGAUGCAGAAGUGGUGCGAUGGGCAGACGCCAUCAUCUCUGCUGGAGGUGACGGGACAAUGCUACUUGUUGCCAGUAAGGUUUUAAGCAAGGACAAACCAAUUGUUGGAGUAAACACUGACCCUGAGAGGUCAGAAGGUCACCUGUGUCUGCCCGUACGCUACACUCGCGCUUUCCCCGAGGCGCUGGACAAACUCUUUCGUGGUGAGUUCAGGUGGCUUUGGCGUCAGAGGAUCCGCGUGCACUUGGAGGGAACGGGAAUCAACCCGGCGCCGGUGGAUCUCCACGAGCAGCAGCUGAGCCUGGAGCAGCACAACCAAGCUCACCGCAACACCGCCGCGGACAAUCAGAGGAGGCCAGGAACUCUAUACGAGACCGUCUCCAAGCCCUGUCUCCUCCCGGUCAGGAGCCUGAAUGAAAUCUUCAUCGGAGAGUCUUUGUCGUCCAGGGCUUCCUACUAUGAGAUUUCUGUGGACGACGGCCCUUGGGAGAAGCAGAAGAGUUCAGGUCUCAGUAUCUGCACAGGAACUGGAUCCAAAGCCUGGUCAUAUAACAUCAACAAACUUGCUGAACAGGCUGUGGAGGAGGUUUUAAAAAUAGGAAAGUUCCUCUCAGGUCUUGAUAUUCCACUUAAUCGGGAAUUUAUUGAGAGAGUCACUGACAGAUACAACGAGGCUCUGGUGUUUGCUCCAGACGACAGACGUCUGCUGUACAGCAUCAGAGAGCCCAUCGUUAACAGAGUCUUCUCCAACAGUCGACAGAGAGGCUUCGCCAGCAAAGUGUGCGUCCGCUCCCGCUGCUGGGACGCCUGCAUGGUGGUCGACGGCGGGACGUCGUUCGAGUUCAACGACGGCGCCAUCGCCACCAUCAGCAUGAGCGGGGACGAUCAGCUGAGGACUGUGGUUCUACAGAACUGAGGUGCUUUUACCCUCCACAAGUGUUAAAUAUCUUAAUUCCUCACAGAGAAACAGGUGUUAAACGUUAAUAUUGUUUAAUCAAACGGGAUUUAAAAAAAAUAAUAAUUCUAAAUCGUUUUUUAUUUCCCCCCCAAAUGAUUUCUUUAAAUCUUUCUUUAGAGUUUUGGUUUUGAACCUGGAUGAUCGUGGCUUUGACAAUGAUGGUUGUAACGCUGGGAGACCUGACGAUUGUGACACUAUAGUUAUAUAGGAUAGUUCUGUUUUAUUUUUUUGUCAUGUGGUUGUUUGAGUCAUUUAGGAAGGAUACAAUAUCUGUGGUAUCUUAAGAAUACUUUUGCUGCUUUAUCUCACUGUUAGACGGCGUUAUGUCAACAGGAAACAGACACUUGUGUGACUUUGUAACGCGCUCACUCUCCCAUGCCAAAUCCCAUUGAGAAAAUUAGUGAUUUUACCUCACAGCUCACAGGAGUUGUUUAUCACUUUUGCCUCCAUUGAAAAGUUUAAGUGUUUCAUUAUUUUGACUUCAGUAUUUGAAAGACUUUGUUUGGAUUUACCUCCAAUGAAAGAAUGACCAAAGGAGGCAGCAGUGGACCAGCAGCUCCCGUGUCACCUGGAAGCUAAAAAUGCUGAUUUUCUCUAUGGGCUUUGGUGUGGGAGAGUGAGCGGUUUACAAAGUGAUACAAACAGUGAGAUGAAGUGGUGAACAUAAGCAGGAGACAUCGUAAACUUCAGAAAGCACAGAAAAAAAAAACGGUCGCUGCCUUGUACAACCACACGUCCAAAAAAUACAGUAUGGUGUGAAUAAAUAAAAUAGUGCAACUUUCAGUCAUGGUUCAGACAAAGAUUGUUGUGAUGAUGAGAGAAAUAAUGUGAGUGAUUGUUACUUUUCUUACUAUGAUAUUUUUGGCAGAGGGUUUAUUUUUUCAUAGUGGUUGGUUGGUGGGUGUUUUUAAAAAUAGAAAAAAGAAGAAAAAGAGAAGAGAAGCUGGGAGGAACGACUGAAGUGCACUAAAAUCAGAAUGUUGCCCUGAAAGUGUGGAUGUUUGACGGGGUCCCUCAUGAACAAAAGAAAGACUUUAAAGGUUUUAGUCUCUGACGUAUUAAGAAAAUGUUUUUUGCUGCUCUGUCUCACUGUUAGACGGUCUAUUCUCGCUGGAAAUGGUGUGGAAACUCACACACCAAAUUCCAUAGAGAAAAUCACAGGGACACAAGCCGCUUAACUACUGCUGCCUCCUGUGGUAGGUUUGUGUUACUGCGGUCAAUCUGAACGAGGAAUUCCAAACACCGAAGUCCCAAAAUAAAACAUUUAAAGUGACUAAUGGAGGUGGCAGUGGAUCAACAACUCCUGUGUGCUGCGAUGUAAAAACUGCUGAUUUUCCCGUGGGGGAGUUUCCUGUUGAAAAAGUCUGUCUCACAGUGAGUUGAAGAAGUAUAAAAUAUUAUUAUCUAUUUAUUUUUUCUUUUGUCCAUUUAGCUCCAUGUUUUAGGUCAAUCCUUCGUCUUGUAACGGUCACAUACGGGAAAAAAUGAACAAAGAAAAACAGUUAAACUGCUGUAUCUGAUGUGAGCUGAUCAAAGAAGAAAAAGAAAGCUUUAAGAACGGGCCUUGGUGACUGAUGUACACACUGUGGCGUCACUACGUCAUACCACAUCACACCAGCAGGGGUUGUUUACAGAUAAGACAUUGUAUUAUGCAGCGUGCCAAAGGCAGCGCCUCCUUGUGGAAAUGGUGAUGUGUCACUAAAUGUAAAUAUGUUUUUGUUUAAAUUGGAUAAAAGUGGUCUGGAAAUUAAA